AUGAACCGCAGGACCCGUCUACGGCAUGAUGAGGACGGUAGACAAUCAGACUCCCUGAGGCUUGCCCACUCGUUCACAACAGCCAAACAUUGUAAUCCUCUGAUUGGGCAGUAUCCGCUGGGCUCCCGUGACCGGGCCGAAAGUUUAACCGAUUCUGCGGCGUGA